CACGUCGCGUUUCCACAGUCCAGAAUGGCAGCCUCGCGGUUGACUUGCUCGCUCCAUUUCAUCAUUGCUCGUGGAAUGCAAUGAUUAUAGAUUUGGGACUCAAUAAAUGUGUGAUACCAUCUGUGUCCGAUGUGAGAAGCGUAGGAGCGCCGAGGAGGGCCUCAGUCAUCGAAUUCAAAUGCCGGUCGAAUCCAGCCCUGCUGCGCCGCAGAGGAAGUUGAUGGACAGAAAGGCCUCGGCGUCGUCUUGAUUUGGACCUCGCGACGGUCUGAUGGCGAAGGCCGUGGCCGAGGUGCUGCGGCUGGCAGUCAUGUUCGUCAUGGCCGCCAUUCUCCUCCAGAUCCCCAUAUUCUCCGGCCUUCUGAGACUCUCGGGCUUUCACGAUGCUUGCCAACAUUGCCGUGGCAGCUCCUCUGCUGCGUCCCCGUCCCACGAGCAGCUGCAGGUCGACCCAGAAUCGGGUGGCAAUGGGUCGAUCCGAGCCAUUCCGCAGUCCCGCAAGCUGCAACCCGUAGGCAGAGCUCAAUACCCUUUCAUCUUGUUCAGCGUGUAUCGGUACGCUCUGAACACCUUCUUCGUGAUCGGCGAAACUUCGUUGGUCGUCCGAGCCUUCGAGCAUGACAAGCCUGUGUACGACUGCGAGUGGAGCCCCAUGCUUGCCAACGGGACGGUCUCGGAUUCCCGCACCCUCACCCAAGCGCACAUGAUCUACGUCAAAUUCGACGAGAAUGGCAUGGGUUAUGGGCCUGCACUCGUCAACUGCACCUUCAACGAGUCCAUCGGAUCCGAUGGGUUGGGAGGAGUUCUGCGCCUGCAUGUUGCCAGAGGCCCGUAUCGUGGAGACAAAUUCACGGUCGAAGAUGUGCUCCACGAGGGCGCCAGGACUCCGGCUUCUGCUGCACGGAAGGUCUCCACAUAUGCAUUCUGUGGGCCUCCGAUGUAUGGAACGAUAAAAGCUAGGUGGAUCCAGCACUGGUUGGCAUACCACGUCUUCUUGUGGAAAGCAGACGUGCACUUUUACUUCUACAACAUUGGAGGGUUCAAGACCGCCGAAGAUUAUCAGGUUGUGGAGCCUUACGUGAAGGCUGGCCUCCUCACCCUCAUCGAGAUCGAAAGCACGGCCAUCGAAGAUUUUCCCGCGUGGUACAAACACCAGCUCGUCUUCAUCAACGACUGCAUCCAUAGGACGAGGACUGCAGGGCACAGUUGGUCGUUCUUCAACGAUUUUGACGAGCUGCUCUACUUCUCUCCUCCACACACAGUCGAAAGUUUGAUCCGAGACCAUCCGCAAGCUGCUUGGAUGACAUUCGCCAACAUGCCUGCGUCUUCCGGGCACUGUGCUGUAAGGGAGGAGUCCCGGUGGCCGCUAGAGAGGUUGAUGUGGCACAAUAAAGUGCCAGAGUGCAUGAAAGCCGAGAGGGACCCCUGGAUGUGCACUGGAUCGCAGGGGAGAAGGAAAUACAUGGUCAAUCCCAGCAAGGUGUUCUCCUCUGGCGUUCAUAGGAUCUCCAUUCCUGAAGAGGGAGGAGUGGAUCUGAACGGUUCGGUCGCUCGGGUUAUUCAUUUUCAUGGAGUGCUUAGUUCUGGAUCGAAUGUGUGUGGGAUCCCUGUCAACAUGUCCCACAGUAAACAGGUCGACGACCUCACGAAUAGAUAUGAUUUCGACCAGUCCCUCUCUGAUGCGGUAGGCAAAGCUAAGGAAUUUGCAAGAUCUCGCAACCUCCUCACUUUAACAUGAGAUUAAUAUAUUUUGAAUACGUUAGUAGACCAAGUCAUGCGUUCUUAGAUUCUGAUUAUCCAGUCAAGCAAUUUUCUCUGUUCUUCCUCAUCAUCAUUAGUGAUCCAUAGGACUUGUACCUUUUGAGUCUAAGCCUUCUGAUGCGUCCACAUAUGCAUACACUUGUUCAUUCACUCCAAAACAGCUCAGUGUUCUAAAACUGACAACUUUCCACGCGAGAAGAAUCUAAACCCUAGUUUAGUACAGGGUCAUGAAGUGUUACGACCGUUAUGGAUGGCAAUCAGAUUUGUACUGUAAUUACAUCAUCACAACAUCAAAGUGCAGGAGAAAAGUGAAAGGUCUGUACAAAACUUCUUGUGGGAUAUAGUUCUUCGACUCCUAUCAAACCAUGGCAAUCUGUUCCUGAGUUUUUAGGUUUCAACAAUUUCUUUGGUCAGGUAUCAUGUCAUGACACUGAUUUUGUUCUUCUGAGUAACACUAUAUAUCAAGUAGUACUCGCUGAAGACUAGAAAACUUUAAUCUGUGGAAAACUCUGAUAAGCUAUUGGUCAGUACUUAUGUUGUUUUAUUACUACUCUGCAAACAGUGAGGAUGAGCUAAAAGUAGUUGCAGCCAAUAAUGCUCUCACUGCCCACAGUAUAGGAUGUGAGGACUGAAAGCCUCAAUUUGGAGACAUAGUUAUCGAAGGGAAGAUCUCAAAUUAUGGCUUCUUGGAAGACAAAUUUUGAAGUUGAAACUUGAGAUCAUGGCUACCCUGAGAUAUAGGCUACUAUCGGACUUGAAGCUUUUUAAAUUGAAAUUGGUUUGAUAUAUAUAUAUAUAUAUAUAUAUAUAUAUAUAUAUACAGAUCAAUCUUUAUAAGUUAACACAUAAGAUAUUGGUGUUAUUGC